AUGUCCUUAUCCGAUCGCACUCCCCUUCUUGAAGGUCAUUCACAAGAGAACAGCAACGAGGUUGAGGAGGAAGAGGAUCCUGUUACCCUGGCAACCGGUGAAUAUGAUGCCCAGCUUGAGAAACGGCUCGUACGCAAAUACGACUUGAUGCUAUUACCCUUCUUGAGCUUGAUGUAUCUAUUUUCAUCCUUGGAUCGUUCUAGUUUGGGGAAUGCGGUGCUGGACAACUUUGAGGAGGACGUGGGUAUCACACCUGAUCAAUUCAAUACAUCCAUCACUAUCUUCUAUGUGGGCUUCUUGCUGUUUCAAAUACCAAGCAACAUUAUGCUGAAGAAGUUUACUGCUCGUCGUUGGUUACCUCUAUUGAUGAUUGCAUGGGGUACGAUGGCUUGCUUGCAUGCUACUAUCAAUGGAUUUGCAAGCCUCGUUAUACUACGAUUCCUUCUUGGUGUAUUUGAAAGUGGUUUCUUCCCGGGAGUGAUCUUUUUCCUUACCCUCUUUUACAAGAAGAAUGAAAUAGCAACACGCAUUGCCUUGUUUUGGGGAUCCACGGUAGCUGCACAUGCUUAUGCUGGUAUUCUCGCUUAUGGGAUUUUGAGAUUACGUGGUGCACAAAGCAUGGCUGGAUGGCAGUGGUUGUUUUUGAUUGAAGGCAUCCCCACAGUAUUGGUUGCUAUCAUUGCAUGGUUUUACCUUCCUUCAUCACCUGAAACAUGGUCAAGGCUGACAUUGGAGGAACAACGACUCGCCGUAUCCCGGUUGGCAAUCGAAGAUGGAGGACAACACCACCAUCACGUCAGCUUGCGUGAUCUUGAUGAUGCAAGCAAUCGGGAACAAGCUAUCAAGGCACUGGUCGAUUGGAAAGUGUGGCUAUGGAUGGUUAUGUUUUUCAGCGGCAGCGUGGCCAACACCAGCAUCUCGAACUUUUUGCCGCUCAUUGUCAAGGGCAUGGGAUACAAUGACAAGCUAUCAGCCAACCUGAUGUCAUCGCCUCCUUAUCUUGGUGCGGUGAUAGUGAUGAUCGGUAUGGCUUAUUCGUCCGACAAGUUUCAGGAACGCACGUACCAUGCUAUCGCCGGCGCAACCUUUUGUCUCAUCGGCUAUGUGAUAUUGACCACGUUGACAGCACGCUCUGCUUUAUAUGCCGGUAUAUGCAUUGUCGUUGCAGGCGUCCAUACCAUCAACCCUAUUAUGAAUGCAUGGUUGACAAGCAACAUUGCACCUGAGAUGAAACGAAGCGUGGCUGCUGCUAUGGCGGUAUCUGCAAACAAUUCGGCUGGUCUACUUGGAUCGAAUAUUUAUCGACAAUCGGAUGCGCCACGCUAUCUGUUUGGCCACACAAUCAGCCUUGUGUUCCUUUGUGUAUUUAUUGUACUUGCAUUGAUCCAAAGGUGGUUGCUAUUACGCGUGAAUCAGAUCAAGACUAUCAAGAUCAAGCAAAAUGAGCCAAACCAAGAAGGCACAUUGGUCGGUGACGAGGCACUUGAUUUCAUGUACCGAGUGUAG